CAGGUUGUAAAUUGCUGCCUUGCCUUGAUGAUUUUGUUUGUGACAUCGCUCUUGGAAACUUUUCCUUGGGGAAAAUUCCAAACAUCGUCCCUCCAGACGAUUUGCAGACAUUGCCUCGCUUGGACAAGAACCCUGCAAAUUUGGGUGCCUUUAUAGCUUUAAGAGGAGAGGGCGUAAUUUCCGGAGAUUAAACGAGCGGUCAUUUACAGUUGCUUCAUAUGAGAAGGGUCUUGUCAGUUUUGUAAGCGCCGGAAGGUGUGACUUUCAUCAUUGCAGAAUACUGAAGUAUUUUGACCUCUCGGUAGAGCACUCAAAUGCAAAUCCAAUGUGAGCCGUCACUGUGCAAGUAAACACUUUAUAAUUAGAACGCCGAUGUAAAUUAGCUGCAAACCAUGGGAAUGCAGGAAUCUGCCGACGGCUGCCUCCAUUGAAUGCAUAUGACUCAGUGAUAGUGUGUUUGAAUGCAAAAACAAAAUCGAUUUCCGCUUUGGGAGGAUUGCUUUUCAUUUUGCCCACUGUACCUGAGCAUGAUCUUCCUGGCUCGACUGGCAAAUCUCCGGAGAUCGGGGAACAAAGUGCUCGGCGCAGUGACCAAGUCUGUUUGUGCAGGGCAUCACCGUGCCGGAGCCAGUCUGCGGGUGCUGGUCGACAUGGACGGGGUGUUGGCUGAUUUCGAAGGUGGAUUCUUGAAGAAGUUCAGGGAAACGUAUCCCGAAGAUCCCUAUAUCGAGCUUCAAGAUCGCAGAGGUUUCUGGGUUUCGACACAGUAUGGAGAACUGCAGCCUGAACUCUGUGAGAAAGCAAAAAGUAUAUGGGAGUCAAAGAAUUUUUUCAUUGAACUUGAACCUAUUCCUGGUGCAGUGGAGGCUGUGAAAGAGAUGGCCAAUAUGAAAGACACUGACGUGUUUAUUUGCACCAGUCCAAUAAAGAAGUAUAAAUACUGCCCUUAUGAAAAAUAUGCAUGGGUAGAGAAACACUUGGGUAAAGAUUUCCUGGAGCUAAUGGUACUAACUCGGGACAAAACAUUGGUAUCAGGCAAUUUGCUGAUCGAUGACAAACCAGAUAUAUCAGGUGUGGAACCUUGUCCGAAAUGGGAGCAUGUACUUUUCUCAGCCUGUCACAAUAUGCAUGUACAACUGAGACCCCCAAAAAGGCGAUUGCACUCCUGGGAUGAUUGGAAACCACUACUUGACAGCAAACGACAAUGAUGACCUGAGUGGAGCCUGAAAUGUCUCAGUGACAUGGAACAAUGAAACCUAAUUGUUUGGUGCAGAACUAAAGGAAUGGCGUUUGAAGUUAGUUAAUAGCUGCCUGUUAUUUUGUGCGUAAACAAUUUAUCACCUUGUGUGAGGGAUUCUGUUUUCCUGUGUUUUCCAUUGAUUAGGUACUUUUCAAUCAAUUAUAUAGAUGAUACAGGUUUGGUUAGAAUCCAAUAACAUGCUAGUAAUUGCAUCAAUUUUCUAUCACUUUUGAACAUUGUGCAGCACAUUGCAGUUGUCAAAGUUGCCAAGAUAAAGAAUCAAACAUAAUCUCAUUCUGAAGUAGGCUCAAAAGACCUAAAAUGUUAGUCUGCAUUCUGUCCACAGAUGCUGCCAGACCUGCAAAGAUUCUCCAACAAUUUCUGUUGUUGUUUCAUAAUAUUCAGCUGUUCUGUGGUAUUUAAUAUGUUGCAGGUUAGAAUUUCAACCAAGUCCAGACAAAAGGCACAUUGUCAAUUAACACACCCACUCAAUUUACUUAUUUGCCAACGUGUUGAUUUUAUUUCUUUUACAUGCUGCCUUUCAAUUUUGUAUAAAAUUUGUUGCAGUGAUUAUCAGCUCUGAUGCUGUGAUAUAUUGUGAGUGCUGUCACUGUUGCUCAUCAGAAAAUACUAUUCAGUAACCCAUCGCUAUUAUAACUUUGCCAUUUCUGGCAGUGCAGUCGCAUCUUUACUACAAAUCACAUUUAUUUUAAUUGAUAGUGAUGCAGACUGAAUACGAUCCCCUACUCUCAAAUAGACAUGGUGGCUGGGAAAUCCCUGUUCAACUCAACCUUUGGGAUGUUCUGUAAGGUAGGCUUGUGGUGAUGGAAAGUGUGAUGCAAAAACAUUUUCAAGGAUUUUGGUGCUGCAUUACAUUAGAAAUCCAACUGCCCCAAUAAUUUGAAACUAAUCUGGUAUUAACUUCUUAAUUGGCUCAUCCAAUUAAAUAGGAGAAAGUGAGGACUACAAAUGCUGGAGAUCAGAGCUGAAAAUGUGUU